CACGUCUCGCUUCUCCUUGAUUCAUUCACGAACCACCGUGAAGACUUGAAAGAUCGCGAAUCAUUCUCCUAAGACCACGCUCUUCAACUUGCGACAGCUCCUAAUUUCAGUCCCUUGCCCUGAGCAACUGAACCUAAAUGAACUACGCUGCGUCCAUCCCUUCGAUUUAUCACUCUCCAGUCCGCCAGUACUACCCACCGCCACAGCUCUCAUCUCAACAACAGACAGAACCUUUGGUAGCGCAAAGAGUAAAAGAGUACGGAAAUAUCUGGAGCGCCGCAUAGCUCUGUGGUGAUCCAGCACACCUUCGUGAUGGCUGCGAUCCCUUCGUUUGCUUUUCCAGACAUGGACGCGUCGCAGCUCGAUGACAAAAUGGAUCUAGCCUCCUCGCCUUUUCGACAGCCCGACGAUAUCGAUAUCGACCUCGAUUCUGUCCGUGAGCCUUCCGUCAUUGGCUCCCCGCACGACGACAUGAUCGAUGAUCCUGUGGAACCUCUUGAUACUGGAGCCGAUGUUAUGGAAGACCAACUUGACGAGACUCUGCCAGAUGAUGAUUUGAAUGAUGAGCAAAACGUAUCGAUGCUAACUGAACAACCCGACCUGGAUUACAAUAUGGAUGCCUCCAUCGAAGAAACUCAAGGUGAUGAAGAUGAGGAAAUCUUGUAUGAAGACGAGGAAGAUAUUGGAGCAGCGAUACAAGACGUUGAAGAAGUUGCCGAGGACAACGCAAAUCAAGGUCAGCCGCAGGUGUAUCAAGAAGUAGAAACGGACGUCAUUUUAGAAGAACCCGGAGAUCAACCCGAGCCACAAAAUCACACCGAUUCAGAUAGUAAUCAACACAAGGCUCUCACCGACGAUGAAAGCACCCCGGUCGCAGCAGAAGAACCCGCCCAAAGUCAAGAAGAAAGUCAGGCUUCAAAAGCCGAAAUAUCGGAUGCAUCCCAAAACUAUGUGACCGGCCAAGGUGAGGAGGACGAAGCUCCUGAACAAGCGCAAGAUGGGCACGAUGAUGAUGCUCCCGAACUGCCACAACAACAUCUAGAGGUUGAGAUUGGAGAUGGUAAUCAUACCCUCUCCCUUGAGGAAGGUAGUCGUCUCGGGGCCGAAGCCCAGGCAACGACUGCAACAAGUGAACCCGGGCCCCAAGAUCAGCAUGAGGAGACGAUUCAGAACGAAGAUGACAGGGCAACUCCGGCCGUUCACCCUGUUACCCUUGUUUACCUAGAAGAGGAAAUGUCCCUUUUCCCGCCCAUGCUCGGCGACGCUUCAAGCGUGUAUUUCCUGCCUGAUGCUUCACUGGCCUUCGAGCCGUUGGACAAAUUGCUCGCUGCAUGCCGUGAGAUUUUGACUGGGACGCUGGAUCACCAUGACGAGCUUGUACUUGACGUGCCUGGGUUAGGCCUGCAUGUCUGUGAGGACUCUAAGUAUGCUGCUCAAAUUACGCUUGCUCAAAUCCUCGACGUCUACUUGCAUCUAUGCAAUAACAAUGCAGGUCAGGCGAUCCAACCUCUGUACUGUCACUUGAGCAGCCGAGUGAGCCUGGCGUCGCAAUAUGCCUAUCUCUGCUCUGCGGGAGCUGAAGGAAAGACCUAUGCUGAAAUCGCUGCCGAUCACUCAGAAUCUCCGGAGCUGGAAGGCGAUGACGAAGACGAAGCCAGUCACUAUGAAGAACAUCAAAGUGAAGGCGAUCACUUACCUGCCCAAGAAGAAACAGAGGCCGUUGCAGAAAAUACGGACGGUCAACUGUCUGCAGCCAAUGCCGAUGAGACAGAUGCCUUCGGUCAAGGGGAGCACCCCGAGGACGAGAUCUCUUCUGAUCAUGCGACCCAGAGCAUUGUGCCUACAGCUAGCGAUGUGAAUCUUCCCGAGCCUUUUGCAGCCACAGAAGCGCCUGAGGCAGCUGAACCGGUAGAAUUGCUUGCUGGAGCUGAUCAAGAAGACGGUGAGCCAGAGUACGUGUAUGACGAGACUCGAGAGCUCGACGGCACUGAGCACGAGCUGCAUUUUGAAGUUCAAGACCGACUGCAUGAGGAUCAAGAACAUGAAACAAACAGCUCACAUACUGUAGAAGCCGAUACGGCAGAGUCGGGCCUUCAGAAUAUCGAAGCAGCUGAUGUCGCGACUGCACGGCUUGGGCAACCCAACGAAGAAGCGGAAGAUCUUUUUCAACACGAAGGCGAUGGGCCUGAGCCAGAAUCCAACUACGAAACCUAUGGUGAUGAAGAGCUCUUCGUCACGCAGGAUGAAUCUGGUGAUAAUGUGCCGGAAGACCUCUCAGCAGUCAUCCAAGAUGAAGAUUCAGUUCCGACGUUUCAAAACGCAGAUGACGCGGACGUGGCUCAAACACAGCCUUCCAUUCCCAGCAAUGCUGAACCCCUGGACGAAAACUCCUCGCACGUGGGUUCAGCUGUUGACACGCAGUAUGCGGGCAAUCUAAGUCCUCCCAUGACUCCUGUCAAAGCCAGGCAAGCCAAGCGGAAAGCCGAGGAAGAAGAUGAGCUUCUUCUCGAUCUCGAUACGCCAGAUCCGAAGCGUCGAAGACCAUCAUAAUUAGUCGAGUCGAUCACUCCGACCUUUUGCCAUCCCUCUUCCGCAGACACUUGUAAUCGCAGAUAGCCCAACAAAACUCGAUUCGCCUGCAACACAACCUUCGACGUUUGCCAAAUACCUUCACCUUUACUAAUCACGGCAGAAUCUAACCUUUUAGGUCUCUAUGUAGGAUCCCUUCUAUUCUCAGCACACCACGGCGCCUUACUUGUGCAUUCGGCGACUGCCAUACAACGGUGUGCUGCAGUAAAUUUUCUCCCUAUUCCCCUGUGCCACUAACCAUAGUUUUGUUGCAUUUACGCUCGACAUUCUUGCGUCGAGAAUCCUCGAGGCUUCCUCGACGUCCGACCCUAACCUAUUAUGCAAGGUUUUUGAUAAACUUGAAAACUCAAGGUCGAUUGGGAGGAACAUGUACAAUGAUUCGACUUAAACUUACCGUGACUGCAAUGGCUGGGUGGGUGGGUUUGCAGUUCACUGUAAGUUACCAGAAACGGGGAGGAUGAGAGCUGGGAUCGUGCUUGGGGGUGGAGGGGAAGAAAAGUCAUGUUUCCGUUUUGCGGUUGUGUUCUUGUUGUAGCCCUGCGCUGGGAGGAGGACGGCAGACGUUGCUUGGUUUUCAGCUUGACACGGAUGAGAGCAUCUGGACGCCGGACCAAGAGGGUAGCAGAGCAAGCAAUCUGGCGACAAGGGACGUGUUUUGAAGUGGUUGAUCUCCCGGUUGGCGCAGUUAUGCCUCGUGGUCUCUGAAUCAAGAAACCUCUGUUGAACGAAUGCUCAAACAACGACUCCAAUCGUCCAUUCCUGAAUUGUCCCUACUUUCGCGUUUUCACGUCGCAAUAAAUAGUGGGCUCUGUUGUCCUGGCAAGGAAUACCCCGAUGUUACGGCGACACGAGAAUGGGAAUCUGGGCGGUUCUGUGAAGCGCAAUGCUAUGGCGUGUGAGUGGGAGGUGAUAC